GGUUAUUCCUCACACCAACCACUGUUCCUACUGUAGCUAACGACUGCCACUCCGUAGCCAUUACCACGCAAAGCUAACAGGGGUCGAUCCAGGAUGUGGGGCUGUGUGAGGCUGAUGGUCCUGGGCGUAUGCUGCUGGCAGGGGGGCAGUGCCAACCCUGUGGAGCCCACCGGGUGCCAGGGCGUGGAGGUGCUGAGGGUGGCGGAGGAGGCCCUGAGUCAGAUCAAUGCUGACAGAACGCAGGGCUAUGUCUUCAGCCUCAACAGGCUGUAUGAUGUCAGCCAGGGGGCAGGGGAGAAAGGAGGGGUGGUUUUCAACAUGACCAUCGACGUGCUAGAGACCCACUGUCAUGUGAUCAGCAGGAAGCCGUGGAAGGCAUGUGUGGUCAGAGAUGUUUCAGACGUACCUGUUUACGGUCAAUGCGAGACAUCUGUCUUUGUUGAGAAAAGCGUGGUGCUUCACAGCUACAGAUGUGCCAUUCAGCAAGUGCCAGCUACAGUCAUCGUGGACACCUGUCCGGACUGUCCCACGGCUGAACGUCUGGAUGAGCCCAUCAUCGUUGAGACGGCCAACCUGUCCCUACAGAAGUACAACACAGAGAACGGCCUGGCCAACUACUUCACCCUCCUCAACCUGACCGGAGCUAGCAUGCAGUGGGUGGAAGGCCCGGCCUACUUUGUGGAGUUCACCAUUCAGGAGACCGAGUGCUCCAAGGAAGCUGGUACUGCAGCUGAUCAGGCUCAGUGCAAACUAAUGGACUGUCAGUUUGCACAUAAAGGCUUCUGCAGAGGCUCCCACACCACAGCAGACGACGUUUUCGAGACCAAACUGCCGAUUGGGGUCAAGUGUGAGAUCUAUGAACCUGAGGCUGCAAAGGUGGAGGAGGAGGCCCAUGCCCAGGGAGAGAGUGGGCAAACUGGGCACCACAGUAGGGAAGCUGCUCAUAAACACAAACACCUUCACCCUCAUGAGCACCAGCACCGGCCCCUGCCGCCCCAGGACCCCAACCAGGCCUCCCCCAGAUUGAGGGGCUCACUGGGGGUAGUGAUAGUGCUUCCUCCCCCCCAUGUUCCUCCCCCCUCCAGAAUCUCCCCAGCUGCCAAAAACUGUCCUGGGCAGCGGAAGCUCACCCUUGGCCUGGAAAAGUUUAAAAUCUGAUUCGCUCAUCACUGUUUACCAACACAUAUCAAGUAGAAGCUGAAACAAAAAGGGUGCUUUGGAAACUGCAAGCAUGCACUGAAUGACAAAAUAGUUUUGUGUACAGACAAUUUUAUAGAAGAAUUCCCCAACAUUGCACAGUAUGAAUGAUGCCAUUGGGAUGCAAAGCAGACACAUAAUAAAAGUAAGGUUUGCUGAUGAUCCAUUUAUGUGGGAGCUUGAUAUUAAUUGCGAUAUGUAGGAAGAAUAAAAAUGAUCUCUUUC